GGAGGCGAAGCUGGGGGAUGCUUGGGCGCCGCUAUUCUAAGGGUUCCGGGGCUGCCUUGGACUUCAAUGCAAAGUGCACCCGCGGCAGGAGGAGAAGCAGCGGCCGCAGCCGGCGCCGCGGUUCCUUUCCGCAGAAGUGGGUAGGGUAGGGUGGGGCGGAAGGGGUUAAUAGCCGCCUGCCUUCCUCGAGCGUAGCGGGCGGUAAUUGCCAGACCAGGCAGCAGCCUGAGAGAAGCCGGUGGGGCUCGCGGGGGGAAGGACUUCAGGUGCCUUGUUGCAGAGUCUGGUCAUUCCCGCGGAGUCCUUGGUCGCUGGCUUGCUUUUGUGUGUGUGUGUGUGUGUGUGUGUGUGUGGGGUGCGUUUAUCUUAUUUUUCAUUUAUCCUCCCCUCCGCCCGCCUUUUUUUCUUGCUGCUGCUGCGGAACUUGCAGGUGUGCGCGUUACAGCCCUGGAAGGAGCAGCUCUCCCUGGGUCUCACCCCCCCCCCCCCCACACACACACCCCUCCCAGCCUCACCCUAGGGCUGGCGCUGCUUCUGCUCUUGCUGAAAGUUUCCUCCUUGGAAGGGCUCCCCUGAAAGGGCAUUGGGAGAGCCCCUCGCCUGGGGACCGCCGUGCCCCCCCCCCCACACACACACACCGGGGCUGAGCGGUGGGGAAGGAAGAGCGAAUCCUCAAUUAAAGAAGAGGAGAAGGCAAGGCUGGGGGUGGUCCCCCCCUCCCCAUUCGGUUCUGUCUGAUCUAGCCAGUUGCUCUUGAUUUUCUGUGAAGGGGAAAGAAGCGAAUUUUAAAUGCAAGCCAAGUUGUAAAGGAGGCGAGAGGGACCCGUCCGUGCUGCGGGUUGGCGCAGCCCUGGUAGCACUCGGACCUGCCAAGGUUUCUCGGCUGGUUUUGGUCCUGUCUCCUUUCACCCGAGGAGGGGAACUGUGGACUCGGAAGCAAGUCGGCGGUCUGCCUGCCACUGCGUCCCACCUCGUUUGUUUUAAGGACAUGAAGGCUAAUUAGGACAGCCUCAAGUAAGUAAGCAAGACCUGGGAGACUUGGCACUGAGCUGUUUUCUUUCCUGCUUUUAUCAAUGGAGUCUGAAUCUUACAAGGUUGACAUGAAGAUGUACAUUCUGAAACACUGAAGCAGAGGACGAGCUGCACCAGAAGCAUGAGUGAUGCACAGUUUCAAUCUGGUUCAUUUCGAGCAGUUUAAGUGUGGUGCCGUGAGAGAUGCUGUUGUCCAUGACAGGAUGGGAUUAUUAUGAUCAAAUACUCUAUUUUGACUUCACCCAGUGGCCAAGAGCUUCAUAUGGUAGACAGCCAAGGACUGGACUUUUACUAAUAGUGUAACAGGCUUGUGACCGAGGAGUAAACAACAUCGGUGGAGUCAUGCUUCACACGGCCAUAUCAUGCUGGCAGCCAUUCCUAGGUCUGGCUGUGCUGCUCGUUUUCAUGGGGUCCACCAUAGGCUGCCCAGCCCGCUGUGAGUGCUCAGCACAGAACAAGUCUGUUAGCUGUCACAGGAGGCGCCUGAUCUCCAUCCCUGAGGGUAUCCCCAUCGAGACCAAAAUCCUGGAUCUAAGCAAGAACCGGCUGAAGAGCGUCAACCCUGAGGAAUUCACAUCCUACCCGCUGCUCGAGGAGAUAGACCUCAGUGACAAUAUUGUUGCCAAUGUAGAGCCUGGAGCCUUUAACAAUCUUUUCAACUUGCGCUCUCUGAGACUGAAAGGAAACCGUCUGAAGCUAGUCCCGCUAGGGGUAUUCACAGGGUUGUCAAACUUAACCAAGCUUGAUAUAAGUGAAAACAAGAUUGUCAUUUUGCUGGACUACAUGUUUCAGGAUCUGCAUAACCUAAAGUCCCUUGAGGUUGGGGACAAUGAUUUGGUUUAUAUAUCCCACAGGGCCUUCAGUGGACUGCUUAGCCUGGAGCAGCUCACCCUGGAGAAAUGCAACCUAACAGCUGUACCAACAGAAGCCCUUUCCCACCUUCACAACCUCAUCAGUCUGCAUCUGAGACAUCUCAACAUUAACAUUUUGCCUGUGUAUGCCUUUAAGAGAUUGUUUCGCCUAAAAGACCUGGAGAUCAACUAUUGGCCUUUACUGGACAUGAUGCCUGCCAAUAGCCUGUAUGGUCUCAACCUCACUUCUCUCUCGGUCACCAACACCAACCUGUCUGCAAUACCUUAUUCUGCUCUUAAACACCUGGUUUACCUGACACACCUAAACCUCUCCUUCAACCCCAUAAGCACCAUUGAGGCAGGCAUGUUUGCAGACUUAGUGCGUCUGCAGGAAUUGCACAUGGUGGGGGCCCAGUUACGUACCAUUGAACCACAUGCUUUCCAAGGGCUCCGGUUCUUGCGUGUACUUAAUGUGUCCCAAAACCUGUUAGAAACACUAGAAGAGAAUGUAUUCCAUUCCCCCCAAACUCUUGAGAUCCUCUGCAUUAACAAUAACCCCCUGGCUUGUGAUUGCCGCCUCCUUUGGCUAUUACAAAGGCAGCCUAUCUUACAGUUUGGUAGCCAGCAGCCCAUGUGUGCCGGCCCAGACAGCGUCAGAGAGAAGCUGUUCAAAGACUUUCACAGCACCGCACUUUCCUUUUAUUUCACCUGCAAGAAGCCCAAGAUACGAGACAAGAAACUGCAGUACCUGGUAGUGGAGGAAGGACAGACAGUGCAGCUGAUGUGCAGUGCUGAUGGGGACCCUCAACCCACCAUCUCCUGGGUGACGCCACGACGGAGGCUGAUCACAACUAAAUCAAAUGGAAGAGCCACAGUGCUGGGAGAUGGCAUGCUGGAGAUCCGAUUUGCUCAAGAUCAAGACACUGGAAUCUACAUUUGUAUUGCAAGUAACGCAGCUGGGAAUGACACAUACUCAGCCUCCCUUACGGUAAAAGGAUUCACUUCGGACCGUUUCCUUUACGCCAAUAGGACCCCUAUGUAUAUGACAGACUCCAAUGACACCAGUUCCAAUGGAACCAAUGUGAACACCUUCUCUCUGGACCUUAAGACAAUACUGGUGUCCACAGCCAUGGGCUGUUUCACAUUCCUUGGAGUUGUUUUAUUUUGUUUCCUACUUCUUUUUGUGUGGAGCCGAGGGAAAGGCAAGCACAAAACCAGCAUUGACCUUGAGUAUGUCCCCCGCAAAAACAACGGUGCUGUAGUUGAAGGGGAGGUUGCUGGACCACGGAGGUUCAAUAUGAAAAUGAUUUGAUGGUAUACUGCUAGCAGUGGUUUUUCUGUGGCAUUAUAACCAAUUAAACAAGCCUGGCAUGUGGAAUUGCUAGGCAGAGGCAGCUUAAUGCAGCUGUCACUGUGUCAAAUGGUUAUGUGGAAAUGGAAAGACUAUUUGGGGUUGUAAAGUAGAGCCUCCUAACCUUGAGGCAUGUGUGUCAGGGCCUUUCAAAUAGUUGGUAAAUGGUACUAAUUGUUUGCAUUGCAAAUAUUGGCAUUCUGGGGAUCUCAGUAAUGAACGGUUGGCUCAUGUUCAUGGACAGUUGUUCAACAUUUUCUACCACUACAAAAAAGAAAAAGAAAGGAAAAAAAACCUACAGUGUAGGAUUUACAUAUUAAAAAAGACACAUUUGUCUAAAACAUACUCUACAGUGAAAUUUGUAUCUAUGGAUCUCAUUUGUUAAAGCCUUGCAUCAUACCUGAUAGUUGGUUCAACACCACAAAGAAAUUGAUCUUAUCUUUUUUUAAUAUACAUAUAUACUGUGUACAUUUUAAAGCAAUAUGAAUGAGAGGCUGUGCUUUGAGAUAUCCACCGAGACUGACCCAAGUGUGAUGUCACUCCUGCCCUUAACUACAGUCAAACCUAAAAUUAGACCUCUGUAGUUACUCAUGAGACAACACAAGAUACUUUUGUUCUCAUGUAGAAGACCAGAGAGACAUAGCUUAGGGCACAAAUGUCCUGCUCUGUUGAUCUUCUCUUCAUAUAAAUAAAAGGCAUGUGCCUAGUUUUGAUACAGAAUGGAAUAUUUUUUAUAUCUGUGAUAUCACACUGGACCAGUUUACUGUAACAAAGCCCUGGUUCUCACCCAGGAGAGCACCACCUACUAGGCGUAACAGACCUAUAAAUGAGAUAAAUUAUACUUUGAAAGAAGAGAUCUGUUUUUGUCACCCCUUGGUUUUAAUUUCCAAGCCAUUCUUAAAAUGUUAAUGUGUACUGGGGGGAAAAGAAAGAAGGUAAUGCAUUCUUUGUACUCCUAGGAACAUAUGGUCACCUUAGUAUUUGUGGGAGUGAAUUAAAAUGUACAAAAGCUCUGUUGAUAGGAAUGAACUCUUCUCCAAUGCCAAUAAACCAGAGGUAUCCAUGCAUAAUACGAGGAUCAUGCUCCUAAAGAAAUGUUUAAAACAUGAUAGCCUCCAAAAGGCCAAAGUACUGCCAAUUAUAAUGAACUUCUAGCCACUGUCAAUCUCAUCCCAUCUAUUAAUAAAUAACAUAUAAACAGAAAAGCUAAUUUCCAUUAACAGAUUACUUCAAUCUGCCAUUUUAAUAAUUGUAUUGUCUUGGGUUUUUUAGGGACAAUGGCCCAGAGCACGAGGUGGCAAUCUGUUGGUUUUUUUUUUCGUUUGUUUGUUUUUGUGGAGGGGAAAAGGCAAGGGGAACACUGGUUAUCUUUAUAUAUGUGUUUGUUUUAUUCCUCUAAAGAUCAUGCAAAAAGGGCUUGGAACUGUAAUGUCAACUCAUUGUACUGUUGGUAUCAAAAAAGAUAUUUCAGAGUACUAGUAUUUUCCAACUCUUGGUGGGAGGGGGUAGUGUUUAACCACCUUGUAAUGUCCUGAUAAAUAUGAGCCAUAGAUUAAUUUAUUUAAAUGUUUGGUUGGCAAUUAUAUAUGAUUUAUAAAUUAUUUGGAACAACUUUGAGUGAGAAUAAUAAUCAAUGUGUUUAACUAGAAUGAGCAUAAAAUCAACCUAGGGUAAACUGUUCAAAAGUGACUAUGUGACUUGGGAGCCUAAGUCUCAUUUUGAAAAUUUGACAUGGACACUUUGGAGCAUAAAUCAGAUUGACUGACUCUGAUUGGGACUUAGCCACUUUUGAAAAUGUUACCCAUGUUCUUUGGCUGAGAUUUUCACAGCAGAGCUAUGGGAUUUAGACACAGUUCUUCUGUUGCUAUAAAUAAAGAGGGGUCUUUAACUCCCCUAGGCUACAGUCUGUCCAGGCAGAUCCCUGAUUCAGAUGCAGGAUCAGGACCUAGACUGCAUUGAAAAUCUCAGCCUGUUGUUUUGAGUGGUUGAUCUCCAUUUAAAUCAUUGCUACAUUUCAUGUAGUUGAGGACAAAGAGGGUGUUCCCUUUUUUUAUGCACCACAUUAGAUUACUGGGGAUUUAUAUGGUGGGGACUAAUCCUUUUGUCCUUUGAAAUUCUAUGGAAUUUUAAUGAAAUGAAGUGAUCCCUGAAUAAACACGUGACAACAGAGAGAUUGUUUUUGCUGAUCAAACAGCAGAGCCACUGAAACGCUAUUGUACGUUUAUAUGGAUAGUAAAAUAAAUAAAUAAAUAAAUGAGGGGGAAAAGAUGGCUGAAUUAUCAAUUGGAGACAUUUCCAUUUGCCUUUCCCUUGUAAUUAUCAUUUAUCCAUUAGCAAUCCAUUUCCCCUGUAGUGAUGAUGACCUGAUUUAACUCUGACAAUAAAAUCAACGUUUUGAGCAAAAGUGCUGCUGAAUUCUGGUUUAGGUGGUUGGUACAAAUCCAGGUGGAUGGCUUUUUUGUUUGUUUGUUUAUUUUAAAUUACACAAAAAAGGGAAAAAGAAAGUGAUGGGGAAAUCAGGAAGAGCUGUAUUCAUAGAAACUAAUCUAGAAUGUAUUGUGUUUUCAAGUUUAACUACUACCCCAUUGCUGAACCCUUCUCUUUCCCCCUUCUUCCCCACCCCACCUGGAAACAGUAUCUCAGAAGUAAUGAAAUAGUUAUUGUGCUGUUAGGGUAUCUGAUUGGUACUGGAAUUGGCAACUUAAAUGAAAAAUGAUGUGGGUAGUAAAAUCCAUAACUAUGCAGGCCUUGCCGAGACUUAGUCCAUAGGACUACACGCAGCAAGAGAUAGAGGAUGGUAGUACAUUCUGGGCUUUGUUGUCCGAACACCGCUGUUUGCUCAUGGCCUGAUUCUAUUUCCUGUGCAUUCGGUAGUACACUACUCCUUUAGACAGCCCCAUUUAUUUCAUUGGGACUUUGCAAAGAGUAAGAUACCACUUACCAUGAGUAAAGAUGGCAGAAUAGGGCACCAAUCAUUUUAUCCCCGUUUUGUUUUUUGGCUUCCCAUAAACCUGAUCCUAUACUUCUUGGGCAUCUGCCCUUGACUUCACUGGGUGAGCAAAGAAUGCAGGUUCUGACUCCAGGUAAGCACUUCGCUGCUCUGUUUGCAAACAUACGGGAGCAGUGACCAGAGGAGUAUUUAUUCUGCCCCUUAUGCACGUCCAAUCUAUGUAAAUUUGGACCAGUUGCUCACCUUCCUUUGAAAGCAGAGAGUAAAAGCAGCUUCCUUGACUGCAGGCCAGUUUAGUUUCAGAGGAAUUAAACUGAGUUUAAUGGGACUGCUGCUGCUGCUGCUCAGGGUCUACCCUAGUGUAUCCCCAUGCAUGACUGGGGCCUGCCAGUGAAUGAAAGUGAGCACAAAUUGAACCCUUAGCCCUAGCUUUUACUUGUCUUCUGUCUACCUCGAAAGAGUUGGUUGUAAGGACUUACAGACGUACAAAUGCAAGUGGCAUCCCGUGGUGAUUAAAGCACCAGAACUGUGAGCUGCAGCCAUGCAGUCCAUGGGUUUUGAAAGGAAGAAGUUGGAAGAGUUGAGAGCGGCAGAAGUCCCAGGGGGAGAAUGCAUCAGAGGGACUGAAGAAAGGAGGCUCAUCACUCACCCCACUUCUAAAAUCUGUAAGACCCAGACUGCAUCUCCCAAACAAACUAAUCCCCUUGCUUUGACAAGCGAAGGUCACAUUGUGCUCCUGCCUUGUAAUCUACAGCGUGCAUGAAUACUGUGACUCCCCAGAACUGCAUUAAAGAGGAAUGUGGAGCAAUAUCAAAAGGAAAUAGUCACCAGGUGAUAUUAGAACAGCAUGACACUAGGGUCAGGAUGAAGGGCAACCAGCACCCAAGUACACUGACAUGUCUAGACUUUCAGCUACCCUGUGUGAUAUGGUGUACAAACCCCACGCUGGGCCCAAAGCAGUUAAAGGACAGUACUGAGCCCAGGUAGCCUCACCUCUCCAGACCUGCAGAGCAUGCUCCAGCUGGAGCGAAAGCUUAAAAGGGAGCAACUCAGCUCAGAAGGGGAAGAAGACAGACUUACUUUGAGGUCUUCUGGACAAGGAUGCCUCAGAAGUAUCCCUGUGUGGAAGAGGGCUGCAUGCUGAGCUCGGUUAGGGCUGAAGGUUUAGUUGACUGUUCUUUUGUUAUCGAUAUGGGACUUGGAGCUGUGAGGAGAGAGAGAUGGUAGGAAGUGCCCCAGGAAGGGCAACUCUGAGGGCACUCCAGGGUGCCGGAAACUGCUGACUGUCACAGGGCCCUGGGUCGCAGCCCAGUGGGGUGGGAGGGCCCAGGCUCCCCUGCCAACUGCCCCUGCUGCCUGGGAGUAUAAGCACAUUCCAGUCUCACUCCCCAUCUGAUACAAAGAGGGCAAGGAUGCUGCAAACCGAAGGUGAAGCUAAACCCAUCCUUUGGUGAGGAACUGGACUGAAAGGCCUUCCUGCUGAGAGGCAAUACGGGUGUGCUACCCACUAGACCACCUGGUCCCCUGAGAGCUCUAUGACACCCUACAAUACAUUUUUUGUUCUGUCCUUACUCUUCGGCCAGGCAACAUCCACUGCCAACAUUCUCCCACCCAUCAACUCAGCUGGACUCACCGAGUUUCCUCCCAUCCAGACAGCCCAGCCUUCCUGAACAGACUAUCCUUGUUCUAUAUUCUGCUUGCAGAUGUCAAUAGCUGGCAAUGUUUUCAGAAACCAUUAUUGAAAUAAGGCAGGCAAUUAGGAGCUGUUAGAGGGGUGGUGGUACAAUAUGGUGUGUUAGGUGUGGGGGCAUUUGAGGCUGUCUCUAAAGAUUUCCCUCUAUUACAUGACCCAAAAUAUACAUUUUCUUUCCCAUAUAUUGCAUCAUGACAUGGAUCUGCAAGUGAUAACAUCACCAUGCAGAAAGAUAUGAAAUCACACCCUCAACAUUGUGAAAUUACAUAGAAAUCCAGUUAUGGGAGACACUCUAAACACUCAUCAUUAUUAUUGCACAUUAUUGAUAAAACAGGAGCACCCAGAAGCCCCAGUAAGGAUAGCCACCAGCUGUGCUAGGCACUCUAUACACUGAUAUAUACGUGUUCUCUGUCCUGAAGAGCUCAUAUUCUAAAAAGACAGAUAACACUUAUUAACUGGGGAAAAUGCCAACACACACAAUUUAUGUACAAAUAUAUGUUCCCCCAUAGUGAGCUCAGCCAUCAUUUGCUGCAGAUUUUGGGCUUGUUUCAGUGAAGCAGUCUAACAUGUGGAUGCUCCUCCAAACCCAACCACCAGGUCUCACAAAAGGGCACCUCCAGCUACCCUUGGCUUCCCCAUCUGUUGUUGUCAUCUGGAGGAAUUCAUGUUUGCCAGCACCCCUUCCAUUGUGAUUGGGAGGAGGCCAGUAGUCCUGCGCUCCAUUCUGGCGUCUUCAAGGCAUGCCUCUUCCUCCCGUAUCCCUCACUGUGGUGAAUCCACUUGUUCCAUCUUUCUGCUAAUGGUAAUUAUUUCCUCUUUCUUUACUCCAAUCCUUCCAUGGUAUCACUCCCUUUCUUUUGUGAUGUCUUUCCAGCCUAUGGGGUGGCAAUUGUGGCUCUUCUCCACUUCCUCUUCCUGCUGCCUCCUCUCUCUUCUUACCAGCUCAGCUGAGGAGUGAGCGCGGUGGGUAAAGGUCACCAGCUCCAAUCCUUCCCUCUGGGUCUUAAUUCUUAUCUCCUAAAACCAACACCUGGGCAGCAGCAAGAAGUUAGUGCACUACACACAGCUGUUUUGCUGUAAUGCAGCAUCUGGCCAAACACUGGAUCCCGUGGCCUGUAUCCCCAAGAUUCAAGGGUAGUCCUCCCCUGCUCUGGGAGAGCCUGUGAUGAGAUAGACUUAAGAAAGAAAUAACUGAAAAGCCGUUUAUUUCAUCCAAUAGUUAAGAGAAGAUUAAUUGUUGCUGGUGCUGGGUUAAAAGUUAAAUAACCGCCAUGGGGAAUAACAAACUAUGUGAUAGAUCAACCGAUCAUUGGGCUGGUUGCUGGAGAGUCACUGAGGAGAAUGGGUGAGAUUUUUCAAAGCCAUAUAAGCAAUUUGGAUGCCCAGCUCCCAUUAAAUGUAAUAGGACUUGUGCACCCAAAUCCUUUAAGCAGUUAUAAAAAUCUCAGUUGGUUGCUUAGGUGAUUUCCUCUCCAUUUGUCUUUCUUCCAGCUUUCACACAUGUACCCUUCACAUGACUUUGACCCCAAGUACAGAUUUGGAGGAGUUUCAUUGAGUAUUUGGGACCUAGAGCUCCAAGUAGAAUCUUACGAUGUGUGAACCUCGCCCAAAAACUAGGUUUGAAUUAACUUUCCCUGCCAAUGAAACCAGCCAAGUUUUGCACAGUUCUCCUUGCUACUGAGAUAAUCACAUGCCGACAGCAAUCUGUAAGUUGAAUGAUUCUGAUUUUUUCCCCUUUUACUAGAAGCAGGUGCUUUGAUAGAAUGCCAGCCUGAAAUAGAAAUCUUUAUUUAUAGCAUGAACAGAAUGAGAAAAGCACUGGAAUAGUCAAGAAAAUGCUCCAUUUUAUUUUAUUUUUUAAGGAAAACUUUGUCCCUAAUCUGCAAAAUAGAAGACAACAGAUGAGCAGAUUUUCAUCUUGUAACUUGCUAAUUGACAUUUUAUUCUAACUGGUGCCAAAAUGUCUGUAUCCAGUGAGCAAAGGUGUUAGAUAAGCAAAAGAACUGAAGCCAGACUUAUCUCAAUUAGGCUGGUGUAAAUCACGAGUAACUCCAAUCAUUAUAAUGGUGGCCUUCCUGGUUUACAUUGGUAAAGCUGAUAUUGGAAUCUGGCCCUUUGUUUUCUAUACUAAGAGGGCUAGCAUGAAAAACAUGCAGAAUGUAUGUUUUAUUUAUUUUUCACUUCAUUGGCAUACCUUCUGUUCAGAUUGCUUUAAUAGUUACCAUUGCUGGCUGAGCAGGAGAUGAAUAUUCAGAUUUGCAAUAAAUAAAUAAACACAACAGACCCAAACUAACAAGCUGUACAUUGCUAUGUGCGGUAAUAGCAAAUCAGCUACCAUAUAAACUCAUGUAUAAGCCCAGAAUUUUAAGCUAAAAUUUCAAGUUAACUGUUGGGGAGGGGUAAGUUUAUACAUGGGAUAAUGCAGCAUUAUUUCGGAAUGCAAAUUAUUAUUUAAUAACAAAUAAAUUUAUAUUGUGGUAGUUAAUAGCGGCCAGCAAGAUGGAGCACCCACUGUGCUAGGCACUAUACAAACGUAGUAAAUGACUGCCCCUGCUCCAAAAGAAUUUACAAUCUAAAACUGUCUUAUAUGCAAGUAUAUAUGAUAACGAGUCUUUCAUUGUUUAUGGAGGGGUUGCCAUAGCAUAUAAAUAUUAUAAUAUUGUCACACAUACUGAAAUCCAUCUGCAAGCAUCUGUAGUUCAUAUGUAUAUGUUUGUGUGUGCAAAAAUAAGUUACAUUUGAUUUAGUUUUUAAACUUGUGAUUUUUUUAAAAUGUGAUUUAACUUUUUAAAUGUGAUUUUUAAAAGGUGAUGAGGUAAAGCAGAAAAACAGUUGUGUUGUAUUUUAUUUUAAAUAUAUAUGGUCAUAAUUACGGAUGGGAAAUGAAACAGCCCUGUUGUUAUGAUCUAUGAAGCAGAUGGCAACUUGGGUUUGUCUGAAAGCUUGUUUCAAAAUAUUGCUAAUGCUAAUGACAAACAGCUUUGUUUCUCAUGAGAACUGUCCUGAAUGUCAUUUUUUGUUUCAUUUUGUUUUGUUCUUAGGGCUUAUGUCACAGUGUGUAUCAUACAUAGCCAAAAUAACCAAUCCUAAAUAAAUAAUUCCAUGGACUUGUAAAACUUACUGAGAAAACUGAAGAAAGUUUACACUUCCAUCAUAACUGUUUGCUUUCUUCCAGGGGGUAAUGAAAUGUAACCAAGCAAAGAAAAAUUGUAGUCUACUCACACUGAGUCCUGAAGUCCUUAGUCAAAACUCUAAAUGAAGGCUAAGAAAAGUGUGACGAACAACAUAAUGCACCUUAAAGUGGAUCUUGUUAAGUUUACGAAUGGGAUUAUUUGACGAGGUUGUCUCCGAUAGCAGGGGACUGGACUUAGUGAUCCAGAUGGUCCCUUCCCAUUCUAUGAUCCUAUCACUAUCAUCCGCUAUAGGUUACUGGGGGGCUUGAACCUAUGACCUUUUGAACUAAAAGUAUGAGCCUGUCCUGCUUGAGGUAAAGGACUAAAACUCCCAAGCUGGCAAGUGUAAUAGACCCUUUAACCUCUAAUGUGCACCAGUCACUAGUGGGAGACCAAGUCCCACAGUGUGGCAUAUGGGUUAUAAAGAACUUCACAAUACAGCCCCAAUAUCAGGAAGAUGUCCUCAUUACGAGUUCUCUGACUGUGGGAUAGUCAUCCCGGGGGAGUAGGGGAAACUCUUUUUCUUGUGUCAUUUAGAACUUCACCUAAUAAAGCACUCGAGAACAUGAAAGAGCAGGGAGAUGGAUUGUAUGACCUAGCAGGAUUUUUCCAUCUCGCAUUUGUUUCUAUUAUUCUGUAUUUUUUAAAAAAGCAUUCUGCCACGAUUCAGUAAAGUAAGCUAACUGGUCGGGGUUCACAUAAUGUUAGACAACAAAGUGAAGGAUAUUUAUCUGCCUGCAGGAUAAAUAUCUAAAUUCUUAUGUUGCUGAUGGCAUAAUUCAGCCAUCAGCACAGGACUUCAUUGCUUUUGAGUUCUGUUUCCCAGCUAGCCACAUCUUAAAACUCCCAGGCAUGGGAAAAACAAAAUGGACAAGUCACGUCCCCAGGAUAGGUAUGGAGAGGGGGGAUUUCCAUGUACAAAGUUCAACCCUCCAUCCCUACCUCACAUAGUGCCCUCUGCAGCGUUAAGGGCAAGCAGCAAUUAAGCCCAUGAUGGGAAGAGGCAGGCAGGACCCCUGCACACCAGCCCCAUAGAGAUUACAGCGGGAAGGUAAGACAGCCACAGACUGUAUAUUGCCUUUUCUAUGGAGCCUUCUGUGCUGAGGAAUCUCCUCCUUAAAGGUGGGUCCCAGGAGAAGCCCUAGUAUCAUGACUCCAUUGGAAACACAUUGCCAGGAGGUAGGGUGACUCUACGGGAUUUGAAAGCGAUCCCAAAUUCUAUUCCUUCUGAGGUUGGGCAAGCUCUGCCACCCCCAUUCUCUCUGGGAUGUGAAUCUUGUGGAGUUUUCUUCCAUCUUAGUCCCAUCUCAGGAGUUUUAGGGAGGGAGGAGGCAGUCCAGCCGAGAGACUUAAUCUUAUCUUCACAGAGGUUUUCCAAAAUACAGUCCCUUGUGUGGGAUCAAAUUGUCUGCUGGGGAGAAACAAGUUAGAGUACAAAGAGCUGUACUCAGCAUAUAUCUACUCAGCAGGGGUAAAACCAGAGGAAGUUUUGCCAUGUAUUUCAAUAGUGCCAGGAUUUCUCCUUAAGUCUUUCUCAUGAUCAGUGCUGUUGGAAAGAGCCAUGGGUAGUGUCCUGGCCUAUCCUGAUUGUCAGAAGUCUCAUCUUCCCUUGGCACAGUGAGAAGGAGCUAGAGGAAAGGAGAACUACAUGCCAAGAGUGUUAUCAGGCUGUUCUGUCAGAUACAGAACAGCUCUUUGCUCACUUUGGAGCUUUUAUUUGCAGGGUAACUGAACUAAGAUUUAACUGCUUUGUUGCUGUAAAAACAUUACUGGCUCAAGCAGGGCUCUUUGCACCCCAAGGGAUUUAGCUUGAGGAAUGAUAGGCAUGGUGUUAUCAUCACAGCAGGUUGAACACCCACUGGAAUCUCAUUGAUGGGAGCAGUGAUAUGGAGGUGCUGAAUCAGUGCUCUCCUCAGUCGUCCUGACAACAUCUCCACACAUCUUUGAGACCCCCCACCCCCAAUGCUACUUUCUUCUCCUCAGCAGAAGGAAGGUUUUGGCUGCUUUCUGCCACUGCAGUCUCCUCCCUUGGCAGUGUCGAUGCCAGGGACCUCCACCAGUGUCUACACUGGCCAAAGCUGGUAUUAGACCUGAGGUGAAUUUGGCUUAUUUUUGUUUUUCCUUUCUUUUCCUUUCAAUCUGAGAAUACCAUUGCCAGUCUGCAAAGAUGCAUUCAGCUUCAGCAUGACAUGGCAGAAGAACCAUCCCACCUCCUCCCAAAGAGCUGAGAACGCUGCAGUUUGGAAAGAUGCAUAAGAUGUCCUGAAAGAACUCUUCCACCUCUAAUUUUAUGAUUCUUUUAUGCCGUUAUGGUUCCUUUUCUGGGCUAUCUGAUGUUGUCUCCAGAAAUAUAACAUGUUCCAAUAUCACAAGUUAUCAUCUGGUCUUGUCUGAUGUAUCCAGAUCUUGCAGCAGACCGGUCAGAGAACACCAUCACCACCACCACGGGCACUAAGUCACUGGCAACCUCCUUGAAAAUUUCAGCACAGGGACUGAAUGGGCAUGGAGAAUGAACUCCUCUCUCCCAUAAAGCUGACCCCUUCAGAAGAGGUAUGAGACACAUUGGCAAGUCAUAAUAAGUAGGUUUCUGCUAUCUCCGUCUGGGCUGUAGGAGUUUUGCAAGAGAUUUUUCAAAAGCACCCAAUAUAUCUAGGAGCACAAUUUUUAUUGAAAAUCAGUGGUCUCUAUGUGCCCGGAGGCCCUAGGGAUUUUAAAAAUCUCUUUCAAGAUGCAUAGAAGACUUCAGUCUCCAUGACUAUCAAAUCAUUGAAAUUGCCUUUAAAUAAAUAAACUUUUAAAAAGAAGGGGGAGGAUGAAAUACUUGGAUAUUUUCCCCCUGCAUCCACAUCAACUACUAUUUCUCUUACCAGAUACUUGAUUCAACAUGUUUUCAUGUGAGCUGGGAAGACAGGUAUGGGAGAGUUGAAAGCCUUUCAUGUUUAAAUGGCAAAAUGCAUUCUAAAGGUUUGUCAGAUCUCAAGUGAAUGCAGUCUUUGAAGAGGAGAGGGAGGAAGGGAGAGUAGAAUGCGGCACAUUUGUUAAUAACCCCUGGUCCCAUAAGAUUAUAUACUCCUGUGUGUGGAGAGCUCACACUAUCCUUUGAACCAUAUAACCCCUGUAUUUAGCCUUCCAUAUUGGGGUCACGUUUGGAGUGGCUGUACAAGGGGGGCCUGUGUAUCCCUUGCAUUCUCUGGAUUGAUGGAAUGUGUGCUCACUUAUUCCAGGAUCCACUGGGUGUUGACCAAGGGUCAGACUCCUGGGUCCAGAAACUACAUGCAUUGGCCACAGAGGGCAACAAGCUCCCCUCUGUCGUGCCUCUAGAUUGGGGUGUCAAUUCCUUCUCCCUUAAGCUCCAUGGAGCUCCACACACAAAGCCAGAGUCUUUAGUCUCUGUGUUGGGAGGGCCCAGUUUCACCCUUAGUAAUUAAGGAGAAAACAUGGUACAGUAAUGAGUUAGUGAAACACAAAGUCUGAUGAUAGAGAGCAAAUGAAAUUGAAGCUCUGAUAGAAGAUGACGUGACACUGGUAUUUAAUACCUUGCCUCAGUACUAGGAUCCUGUUCAGAGUUGCAAGACCUGGAUCAGCAAUUAACACCUAAGGGAGUCAUUUAGCUAGUUAGGGCUGUAAUCACCAGCUGGAUGAUCUUAUUUACUUCAUCACUUUGUAAAGUGGAAGUUAUAUUUUUGUGAGCUAUUUUCCAAUAACUUUGCAGUUUAUAUUUUUCAAAAGCACCAGUGAUAGAGCACACUUAUUUAUUAUAGGAAGACAAUGCUAGUAAAUUUAAUCUAUUACUUUUGCUACGAGCUAUUAGCUGUAUGUACAAAGACUAAUAGGUUACAUCCAUUAUAUAAAGUGUCGCUAUUUACUAAAACCAAACAACAUUUCCGCUUACAAAGCUACCACACUAGAUUGAAGUCUGCACAAUGCAUCAAUUCUAAUGUCCUGUUGGUAAUUCAUUUCUUGAGCAGAGAACAGGCUUGCACUGCAAAGAGUUUACAGACACAAUACACUCCUUUGAUUUAUAUAAGAGCUUUAAUUUUAAUGGGGUUCAUGGAGUCUGAUUGUCUUUGCUAUAGUGGAUUUGGCAGGCUGUCACAUUUUGCUAAAAGAAAUCUGAUCAGCACUGUGUUUCUCUGGGAUGGUCUAGCUGUCAGAAAGAGCUGAGGCCUAAUAGUAUAAGCCCAGGUCUGGGAACCAGAUAUUUCCAAGUUGUAAUCAAAGCACUAACACUGAGUCUGUGCCUUUGCCUCAGUUUCCCUAUGUAAAUUGGGAUAACAAUAUCUACCUUUGAUCGGGAAUAGUCUUCUGCUGAGCUGAAGGGUUAAAAACCUAGGGAGCUGAGGGUAUUCUACUAAUUGCACACUAAGGAGUGAAAAUUCUUUACACAUGGUACCAUUAAAGAAAAGACAUUUAGACAGAUACUUUGAUAAAUGCUCAGAAAUCCAAAACAAGCUCUACAAAAUUUUCCCAGAAAUUAUGCUUGGGGUGGUAGCAGUGGUCUACUCUAUACUCAGUGGUUCCUCCAUAUUUAGAAUUAGAAUAAUGAUGUUUGCAGAGAAAUUGCAAAGUAUGACCUGACAUUUUGUGUCAAAGAAACAUAUUAACCAGCCUUUCCCUUUUCCCCAAUUCGAUGCUUUAUCACUUAUACAGAUAUGUUAAAUGCCUAGUUUAAAAAAAUAUAUAUUUAUUUUGCAGGGCUUGAUUAAACCCUCUAUAGAUUUCACCACAAAUUCUAUGUGUACAUUUGACUGUAAAGAACAGAUGCCAAAAUGAAUGCAAGCCACACAUGGUCACCUCCACACAAAAAGAGGGGGGAGGGAGGGAGUGAGAGAGAGAGCGCUCAGAACUGAAUAUUACUUAGAAAUAUUAUUUAGAACACUACUUAGAAAAUAUACUUGGAAAGCUUUCCUUUUGGCUGACCUCCUUCUACAAGAAUGCUGAAAAACGAGGUGCUGUACAGGUUUUUGAUCAUGUAGUCAAAUUUUGCGGGGUUUUUUGAAAGUAAACAGACCCACAAAUACACCCGAAGCUGUAAUAGCUACAGGUACCCUGUUUCCAAAUAAGCCAUGGCCCCUGAUCUCAAUGUUUAUCCUACAAAAUUUAACCUAACAAUUUACUUUGCUGUAUAUGCCACCACGGUGAACCAUGGCCAAGAUGGCCUUGAUCUUUUCAUGAAGAUUGUUUUAAUUAGCCAUGAGCCAAACAUUUGCAACUGCCUUUUCCCCAGCUUCUGUCUUUUGGAUCCUAUUCUGCAAUGGAGUAAUCAGCUAGAAUGACACAAACCAAGGGCCAAAUUCCAAUAUCCUUUUUCAUAUUGAGUAGUACCUUGCUCCUCAGGUGGUCUCAUUACAGUCAAUGGGAAUAUUCGUGAAGUAAUAUGUUACUUGACAAGAGUAGAAGUAUCAGAAUCUGGUCCUUAAUUGCCUCUUCAGCUGUCUACAAGGGAACAAAAAAACUGUGUGUGUGUGUGUGUACACUUCUGCCACUCAAGAACACCUUCAGCUCAAGUCAGUGAGAACUGAAGUGAAUGGGUGUUGAGGAUAUACUGCACUUCUCAGAUCUGGACAGAAAAUAGGUAUCUGCCCAGAAUUAAUUUGGCUAUUGGUCCAUCUCUAUUUUUAACAAUAUCUUCAAAAACCUAAGCAUUUUAUUUACCCAGGAGACUCAAACUACUGCAAAAAAAAAAAAAAGAGAGAGAGAGAGAAUACGGGGGGAAGCACUCCCUGUCGCAGGUGGUCUUUGUUGUAGUAUGAAUGAAAAGUCAUAACUGAACUUGACAGAUGUGUUUGACUGGGAGAUUUUUUUUUAAUCUGCUAACACUGACACUCCUCUGUGACCCUGUUUUAAUAUGAUGAGUUCCCUCUCUCCUUCUGCAGGAAGGAAAGCUACAGACCACCUCAUUUCAUUACUAAUGGUUUUUAAUUCAGUGUGUGCUAAUCAAAAGAACAAACCUCUACUCCAUCUUUUCAACAACUAUUGUAAUUGUUUUUCAUAGAAAUCAAUUUUUAAUUGUAACAUUGUUCUGCUAAAGCCCUAUUGUCUGUGUCCUUCCAAACCGUCAGUUGAUUAAAUAAAAUUAAAAAAGCUGAAAGGCACAUUGUUGUAAUUGCUUUGUAUGUUUAAAUUGUCUUAUCAGAAAACAAGGUUAUGAAUUUCAUCUGUUGAGACGCAAAAAUAAAAUAC